GCUCGAUCCACCACAUCCUCCGCGUUCGACCUUAUCCUCAACCAUAUCUUCCGCCUUCCCCGUCUUCUCCCUGACUACCCUUCCUUUAUCGACAACCCUUUACAACUUCUUUCCUUCGCCUGCCGCUCCCCUGAUGGGCCUCAUCCAUCCUUCGCCGUCGUCAUCCUUACUGUUGAGGUAGUUGUUGGUUAACGGGGCGUGGUCGGCUUAUCAUACACUCAUUGUCGUCGCCCUGUCGCAAUCAUGGCUUCCACAAGCCAUUCGAGGAGGUCAAGGGAGUCCUCCCGUGCUGAGAUGCCCAUCGGCAACUACACGCGGCUGGAUGAGAUCGGCCGAGGGAGUUUUGCUACUGUCUACCAAGGUGUUCAUACGCGCGACCGCACCUUCGUGGCGAUCAAAUCGGUCAACCUUUCCAAACUGAACAAGAAACUGAGGGAGAACCUGUCUUCAGAGAUCUAUAUCCUCAAGGACCUCAUACAUCCCCAUAUUGUGGCCCUUAUCGACUGUCAUGAGACGACAUCCCACAUCCAUCUAGUGAUGGAGUACUGCGCGUUAGGCGAUCUUUCUCUGUUCAUCAAACGACGAGACACUCUUGGUGAUCACCGAUAUACGCGAGAAAUGAUCUCCAAGUAUCCGAAUCCUCGGGGUGGCGCUUUGAACGAGGUGGUCACCCGGCACUUCCUCAAGCAGUUGUCGAGCGCUCUCAAAUUCCUCCGCGAUCGAAAUCUCAUCCACCGUGACAUCAAACCACAGAACCUGCUCCUUUGCCCAUCCCCAUCAUCCUAUAGCUCAGGAGUUGCCCAAGUCGUGCCAUUCAAGGGGAAUGAAAACUCCUUCAAACCUACGACGGGGCUUGAAUCACUGCCCAUGCUCAAGAUUGCCGAUUUCGGCUUUGCGCGGUCUCUUCCAGCAACGUCCCUGGCGGAAACAUUGUGCGGCUCGCCUUUGUACAUGGCUCCGGAGAUCCUCCGGUAUGAGAAGUAUGAUGCCAAGGCCGAUCUCUGGUCUGUGGGUACAGUAUUAUACGAGAUGGUCGUCGGAAAAGCGCCAUUCCGGGCAUCGAACCAUGUCGAGCUGCUUCGAAAAAUUGAAAAGGGAGAGGACAGGAUCCGGUUCCCUGAGGAGAACCCGGCCUCCCAUGAAAUUAAGUCUCUUAUCCGGGCGCUGUUGAAGCGCAAUCCGGUAGAGCGACUGAACUUUGCAGAUUUCUUCGAGAGCGGCAUUAUCACAGGUCCAAUCCCUGGAUUGAUUGCCGAUGAUGCAGUCUUGCCGUACCGUCCUUCGUCCAUAGACACAACCACUGCUGAGCCAGCACCUGCACUGGAACCCCGGCCUGGGCCGGCGCCUGUAGCAGCAGCGCCGCGCCAGAAAGAGGCUCCACAUCCCAUCGACCGUGUUGAGCCUUCCACGUAUCCAGUCGCUCGACGGCCGAUGGCAUCAAGUUCGCGGCCUGGUACGCCGAGUACGCCUAUGCGCAGGACUGGCAGUGCAGAUAGACCUUUGUCUAUUUCCAAGGCGCCAACAUCGGCGGCGGGGUAUCCAGGCCCAGUUUCUGAUGCUUCGGCUCCUCUCCGUCAGGAGCCAAUCGAACGUGGUGCAGCAGCCACGCCCAUCGAGCGACAGCGAAGCCGCACUGCCCCAUCUGGUGUUCCGCAAGUGGACAAGUCUGCGGAAAAGGUGAAAGAAGAGCGCGAGCGCGAGCGCGCCGCGCAAGAGGUUGCCUUUGAGCGGGAUUACGUGCUUGUGGAGAAGCGAGCAGUAGAGGUGAACGCCUUUGCCGAUGAGAUGGCUCAUAGCCCUCGUAUUCAAGGAGGCUUUUCUCGGCCUGGCCAAGGAGGCGCCCUAUCACGACGUCCAACAGCAAUGCAGGGCACACCGGCAGCCGCAAACGCUUCCCCAUACGCGACUCCCAGCAAAGCUAUGCAAAUGAUCUCCGGGCGCCCGCGGGCUGACUCGGCGCACAUCCGACAAAACUCCUACGAGCGCCGGUACGGACAGAGUCCGACCUCCGCCACGUCGGCUAUCUCCAAAGCUCUCAACAUGGCCAGUGGGCGCUUGUUUGGCAUGGGGUUUUCCCCGCCAUUGACGUUGACAAAGGGUGGGCGUUCCCCUCCGUUAGCCUACAACCCUUUCCCUGCCUAUCCUAAUCCUCAAACGAGCUUGGUUGUCCUUGGGGACAGCACCAAGUCAAAUGCGACGUUGGAUGAGGAUAGCAAGAUUGUUCAAGAGCUUGAGGAGUGUGCCACGCGAAGUGAUGUCGUUUAUGGGUUCGCCGAAGUGAAAUACAAGCAGCUUAUCCCCUUGGCCCCGUCUGUUCAGACCGAUGCUCCUGGGACCACGAAUCUCCCCGGCCGGCCAGAGACAGCGGACGCCACUGACAGCGGACUAACGGCCGACGCUAUUGUCACUCUGUCGGAAGAAGCCUUGGUUCUCUACGUCAAAGCACUCUCGUUGCUUGCUAAGUCCAUGGAUAUCGCUAGCGCUUGGUGGAGUCGCAAGACUCGGACGGAAACAUUCGGCGAGGGGGCGAACAGUAAAGGUGACGCUACCAGCGCCCUUGUCAGCAGCCGGAUCAACAACGUCGUGCAGUGGGUGCGUAACCGGUUCAAUGAAGUUCUAGAGAAAGCCGAAUUUGUUCGGCUCAAAUUGCUCGAAGGACAGAAGCAGUUACCGCUCGAUCAUCCGAGUCACCCUAAUAACUACUCGGUCGGGUCAUCUCUGGGCUCUGGUGCGUCCGGAGACGUUGUUGUCAGCUCCGGGGUGACGGCUGAAAAAUUAAUGUAUGACCGCGCGUUAGAAAUGGUUCGCGCGGCGGCGAUCAAUGAAUUGACGGGGGAAGACCUUGCCGGGUGUGAGAUUGCCUACGUCACGGCAAUCCGAAUGUUAGAGGCGGUAUUGGACGAAGAAAAAGAAUCUCGGGCCGGUCAAGGCAGCGGCAACAAAGCCGAGGAUCGGAGGAACAGCGAACGCAUCAUGCUAGGUGCGGUCCAGGCGGAGGAUCGACAGGUGGUUGUCAAAAUGGUGUCGAGCAUCCGGGGACGACUGGCUUCCUCACGCAAGAGAUUGGCCGCCAUCACCCAGCGGCAAGCCGUCACUCCUCCUUCAAGCGGGCCGAGCAAGGUGGUCCACACCACAUUCGCACCUGUCGCUCAUGCAGUUGGAGCCACGCCGCCUAAAUAGAACGUCCAAAACUCGGUUUUCUAUCCAUCUAAGCAUGCAGGACCAUGCUUUAUUGAAUCGUUGAAGCACCUCAGCGUUCUACGCUUACUCUUUAUCUAUUUCGCCGGUUCCCUCUCGACAGGGUUUUCACCAGGGACUCAUAUAUGACAGCGGGUGCAUUGUUCCAUAUU